AUGCGUGGCCGGCCGAAUAUGCCCGUCAGACGAUGGGAUGCAGACACCCUAGUCGCACCAGACUGGCUCAACAACGGUGACAAUGCGUGGCAAUUGACAGCAGCAACGCUCGUCGGACUGCAAUCGGUUCCAGGACUUAUGGUCAUGUAUGCUGGAUUGGUGAAGAAGAAGUGGGCCAUCAACUCCGCCUUCAUGGUGCUCUAUGCCUUCGCCGCCGUGCUCAUCUGCUGGGUGAUCUGGGCGUAUAAAGCGGCGUUUGGAAAGAAAAUGUUGCCUUUUGUCGGUGUUCCAGGCCCGGCAUUGACAAUGAACUAUGAAUUGGAACAAGCAUAUCUGCCGGCUGCCGAACUCUCUGCGGCAUAUCCUAUGAGCACAAUGGUGUAUUUCCAGUUCGUCUUCGCAGCCAUCACUGUGGUGCUCAUCGCGGGUGCCGGCCUUGCAAGGAUGAAUUUUCUGGCCUGGAUGGCAUUUGUGCCACUUUGGAUAACACUCAGUUAUACCGUGGGCGCUUUCAGUAUCUGGGGCGGCGGCUUCUUGUACCAAAUGGGUGUCUUGGACUAUUCCGGUGGAUACGUCAUCCAUGUCUCGUCCGGCACGGCAGGCUUUGUCAUGUCUUACUGGGUAGGACCGCGACACCCUCGUGACCGUACAGAGUUCCACCCGAAUAACGUUCUUCUGGCAUUGGUGGGCGUUGGCCUUCUUUGGCUUGGUUGGAACGGCUUCAACGGUGGUGAUCCUUAUACCGCUUCGCCUGACGCAGGCGCUGCUGUUUUAAACACCAACAUCUGCACUGCGAUGAGCAUGUUGACCUGGACAGUCAUGGACCUGAUCUUCUUCAAGAAGCCUGCUGUGAUUGGUGCUGUGCAGGGCAUUAUCACCGGACUGGUCGCCAUUACUCCUGCUGCAGGCUUCGUUGCAGGGUGGGGUGCAAUCAUCAUCGGCGUGUGCUCCGGCAUCAUUCCAUGGAUAUCUAUGAACAUCUUGGGCAAGCAGCGAUGGUUUCUGGAAUUUGCUGAUGAUGUUGUUGGCGACUUCCACACACAUUUAGUCGGUGGUAUUGUUGGUGGGUUUCUGACCGGACUUUUCGCAACAAGCGAAGGCACGGCGGCUUUUGCACUUGCGCCUGAUGGAGGCGCCAUCGAUGGCAAUGGUCGACAGGUUUGGGUUCAAAUAGUGGGAUUCCUCUUCAUCAUUGGCUGGAACGUUUUCUGGACGAGUGCAAUUUGUCUCUUCAUCAAAUAUGUGAUGAGAAUCCCAUUGAGGUACAAUGAGGAGCAACUCUUGAUUGGAGAUGGAGAGGUCCAUGGCGAGCUCCCAUACGCGUUCUUCCAUGAUGGUCUCCAUGAUUAUGAUGCCAAAUACGGACAGCCUGAUCCUGAGAAAGCUCAGGGUAUACUUGAAGGCAUGGAUACCGGUAGAGAUAUUAGCAGCGAGGAGGGAGCCGGGGGACAAGCUGGCGUCAGCAAGAAACUUGACAAACAAGCAUAG